UCCAACCACCACCACCACCACCCACCUCCGCCCCACCGCCCACCACCACCCCACACACAUUUACACCCACCAUGGCUUUGGAGGCAGUCAACCCGGAACAGUUUCUUGUGGGACUCGUGGGCAAGAAGGUCCUGCUCAAGCUCAAGUGGGGCCCGGCGUACACAGGGCUUCUGCUCUCGUCCGACUCGCACAUGAACAUCCAGCUGGACAACGCGUGUGAGGUCGAUCCUGCAUCGGGCGAGGAGACUCUGCUCGGUGAGGUGGUCUUCCGAUGCAACAACAUCCUUUACAUCCGCGAUCUCGCCGAGGCUGCAUAAGAUGCAGACUGUGUUGGUGCUCCGAACAUACGCCGAUCAUACCGCGGCAUGAGCGUUUCGAUUGCCCAGCAGAAGGGGGGGGGCAAUAUGACUAUUGAGUCGUGGCAUUGUCGGCCAUGGCCCCGUCUGCCCCCCUCCCCCGCGCGCCUUUGCGGCGGCCACAACUGUAUGUGGCCCGGGCCGCUUUAAAAUCCGAAAACAAACAUCAAACAUAACGUC